AACAAUCUCCAUGCAGGUUUUCCUUCUCCAGAUCAGGAAGUGAGCCUGAACACCAGCAUCCAUCUGCCUUCACUGUUACUCCGCAUAGUUCUGAGCUUAUCAGGAUGUGUGAGGAUCAGCAGCGAUCUGGUGUGAGUGGUGUGUGUGAGGUGUGGGAUGUGGUGGUGGUUGGAGGAGGAUUGUCGGGUCUCUGCGCUGCGCGUCGGCUGAAGGAGAGGAACCAGAAGCUCCGAGUGCUGGUGCUGGAGGCCAAAGAUCGUGUAGGGGGUCGAACUCUGACUCUGAGUCUUCCAGCAUCCAAUGGCCGUGACUCCUGGGACAUGGGUGGGCAGUGGGUGGGCAGCACUCAGACUCACGUUAUGGACCUCAUCCAGGAGCUGGGGCUGGAGGUUUACCCGCAGUUCACCGAGGGAAAAAAAGUCCAUCAGAUAGGGGGCGCUAAUGCUAAGAUCAGCACCUACACCUCCAGCAUUCCAUCCUUCUCUCCACUCGUCCUGCUGGACCUCAUGCUCUUUUUGUGGAGGGUGGAGCGUCUGUGUAAGAGUGUGUGUGUGAAGAAUCCCAUGGAGACUCCGGAUGCUGUGCAGCUGGACAGCAUGACACUGCAGUCCUACAUAGAAAAACACAUCUGGACCACGCAGUUAACAGAGGUUUUGGAGCUGUGCACUCGUUCCGUGUGAAUGGAACCUUCCCAAAUGUCCUUCCUGUACUUUCUGAUGUACAGCGCAGCGGGGGGCGGAGUCAUGAGACUGCUGGAGACCACGCCUGGGUCAGCGCAGGAGUUCAAGGUCAAGGGAGGCACUCAGCAGCUGUCAGAGCGAAUCUCAGAGCAGCUCGGGAAAGAGAAUGUGCGUUUGGGAUCAGCAGUGAAGGCCAUAUGGCAGAAUGAAGAGAGUGUGGAGGUGAAGACCGCCAUGAGCACAAUCACAUGCAAAGCCGUCAUUGUUUCUUGCCCUCCUCACAUGGCAGCUCUGAUCGAGUACCGGCCCGCCUUGCCUUUGGAGCACCAGCGUCUUGCACAGUCAAUGCCCGUGGGUCACAUGACCAAGUUUAUCAUCACAUAUCCUACAGCAUUCUGGAAGCAGAAAGGCUACUCGGGAGAGAUCUUGGCACGUCCCUCUAUCCAAUGCCCUUUCGGGGUCACCUUUGAUGCCAGCAGUCCCAGCGGGAGCCCGGCGCUGGUGGGUUUCAUCGCCGGGGUUCAGUCCUGCUACUGGAACAGCCGAGAGACCGAGGAGAGACGAGAUGCCGUUGUUAGCAGCCUGGUGAAGUAUCUGGGCCCUGAAGCCGCCUCCUACAUUCACUACCAGGAGAAAGACUGGGCUGAAGAGGAAUACAACGGAGGAUGUCCUGUUAACGUCAUGGGUCCUGGAAUGCUGACGUUCUACCAUCCCGGUCUCCGUAAACCAUGUGGAAGGAUCUUCUGGGCGGGAACAGAGACGGCGAUGCAGUGGUGUGGUUACCUGAGUGGUGCCGUUCAGUCUGGCAAUCGGGCAGCUCUUGAAGUUCUCGCAGACGUUUCUCCAGACGUUCUGUCUCAGAGCGAACUCCAAGAAGUGAAAGCAGACCUUAUAAGGGCACCGCUGGAUUUAUCCCGGGUUUGGGAUUGCACCCAUGGUUCCGUUACUUCAUCCCGCCUCCUGGCUGGUCUGACUGUCAUGGUUGUCGCUGUGGGCGGGGCAGUGCUCUUGCUCAAACCAGGAUUGGCCAAAAAUUGUCUCAGUCAUGUUUUGGCUGUAGUUUAGAGAUGAUUAAUGAUGAUGGUUUGGUUUUUCAUCAGGAGAAUUCUGUUAUUACAUGUGUCUCAUUCUGAGUAUUUGUUCAUGAAUGUUUUUAGUGUAUGUAAUAAAUA